GACCUGUCUACCCCACCUUCGCAUCCUACCACACCUCACCAGCAGUCCAGAACCCGGUUCUCAACCGAGCCGACCCUGGACAAGGUCGAGGGUAACAGAGAUAGCAGGGAGUCCCGCAUCACAACCACAACAACAACAGUUGCCAACAUGAACCACCACCAUCACCACACGCAGCAGCAGCAGCAACAGAAAGCCGGCGAGCAGCAGCUCAGCGAACCGGAGGACAUGGAAAUGGAAGCCGGGGACACAGACGACCCUCCAAGAAUCCCGGCCAACCCAGUGAUCAAUGGUAACGUGGCCAUGGCAGAUGGACACAACAACACAGAGGAGGACAUGGAGGAUGACACCAGUUGGCGGUCAGAGGCGACUUUCCGCUUUGUCGUAGAGCGCUUCAGCCGCCUGAGUGAGUCGGUGCUCAGCCCGUCCUGCUUUGUCCGAAACCUUCCAUGGAAGAUAAUGGUGAUGCCGCGCUUCUAUCCCGACCGGCCACACCAGAAGAGCGUGGGCUUUUUCCUGCAGUGUAACGCAGAAUCUGACUCCACGUCCUGGUCAUGCCACGCGCAGGCAAUGCUGAAGAUCAUCAACUACAAAGAUGACGAGAAGUCCUUCAGCCGCAGGAUCAGUCACCUGUUCUUCCACAAAGAGAAUGAUUGGGGCUUCUCCAACUUCAUGUCCUGGAGUGAUGUGACUGAUCCGGAGAGGGGCUUUGUUGAUGAUGACAAAGUCACCUUUGAAGUCUAUGUCCAGGCAGAUGCCCCACAUGGAGUGGCCUGGGACUCCAAGAAACACACAGGCUAUGUAGGAUUGAAGAACCAGGGAGCAACUUGCUACAUGAAUAGCCUCUUACAGACGCUCUUCUUCACCAACCAGCUAAGACGGGCGGUGUACAUGAUGCCCACAGAGGGAGAUGACUCGUCCAAGAGCGUUCCACUGGCUCUGCAGAGGGUUUUCUACGAGCUGCAACACAGCGACAAACCCGUCGGCACCAAGAAACUCACCAAGUCCUUCGGAUGGGAAACACUAGAUAGCUUCAUGCAACAUGAUGUACAGGAGCUGUGUAGAGUGCUCCUGGACAAUGUGGAGAACAAAAUGAAAGGCACUUGUGUUGAGGGAACCAUCCCUAAGCUCUUCAGAGGAAAGAUGGUGUCAUAUAUCCAGUGCAAGCAUGUGGACUACCGGUCAGAGCGGAUAGAGGAUUACUAUGACAUCCAGCUUAGCAUAAAAGGAAAGAAGAACAUCUUCGAGUCAUUCAAAGAUUACGUUGCAACUGAACAGUUAGAUGGAGACAACAAAUACGACGCAGGAGAGCAUGGCCUGCAGGAAGCAGAAAAGGGCGUGAAGUUCCUCACCUUCCCUCCAAUCCUUCAUCUGCAGCUGAUGAGGUUCAUGUAUGACCCACAGACCGACCAAAACAUCAAGAUUAAUGACAGGUUUGAGUUUCCAGAUCAGUUACCCCUGGAUGAGUUCCUUCAGAAGCCAGACUCCAAGGACCCAGCCAACUACAUCCUGCAUGCAGUGCUAGUGCACAGCGGGGACAACCAUGGCGGUCACUACGUCGUCUAUCUUAACCCAAAAGGAGACGGCAAAUGGUGUAAGUUUGAUGAUGACGUUGUGUCGCGAUGCACCAAGGAGGAGGCCAUAGAGCACAACUAUGGUGGACAUGACGAUGACCUCUCAGUGCGCCACUGCACCAACGCAUACAUGUUGGUCUACAUUCGUGAGUCCAAGCUCAGUGAGGUGCUCCAGCCGAUGACUGACGUGGACAUUCCGCAGCAGCUGGUGGAGCGUCUGCAAGAGGAGAAAAGGGUGGAGGCUCAGAAGAGGAAGGAGCGCCAAGAGGCUCACCUCUACAUGCAGGUUCAGAUGGUGACAGAGGACCAGUUCUGUGGUCACCAGGGCAACGACAUGUAUGAUGAGGAGAAGGUGAAGUACACAGUCUUCAAGGUCCUGAAGAGCUCUACGCUGCAAGAGUUUGUCCAGAACCUCUCCCAGACCAUGGGUUUCCCACAGGACCAGAUGAGGCUGUGGCCCAUGCAGGCCCGGAGCAAUGGAACCAAGCGACCCGCCAUGCUCGACUACGAGGCCGACUGCAACAAGUCGAUGAUCGACUUGAGCGACAAUGAGAACCCCUGGACAAUAUUUCUGGAGACCGUGGAUCCAGAGAUGGCGGCCAGCGGGGCCACGUUACCUAAGUUUGACAAAGACCACGAUGUCAUGUUGUUCUUGAAGAUGUAUGACCCCAAAACCAGAAGCUUAAAUUAUUGUGGACAUAUCUACACACCUAUUUCCUGCAAAAUAAGAGACCUUCUGCCAGUCAUGUGUGAGAGAGCAGGGUUUCAGCAGGAAACUAGCCUUAUCCUCUAUGAGGAAGUAAAGCCCAAUCUAACAGAGCGGAUACAGGACUAUGAUGUCUCUCUGGACAAGGCCCUGGAUGAGCUUAUGGACGGGGACAUCAUUGUCUUCCAGAAGGACGACCCAGAGAACGACAGCAGUGAGCUGCCUACGGCCAAGGACUAUUUCCGGGAUCUCUACCACCGCGUGGACGUCAUUUUCUGUGACAAGACCAUCCACAAUGACCCCGGCUUCGUGGUCACUCUCUCUAACCGCAUGAACUAUUUUCAGGUGGCCAAGACAGUAGCGCAGAGGUUGAACACAGAUCCCAUGCUGCUGCAGUUCUUCAAGUCACAGGGGUACAGGGACGGUCCAGGGAAUCCUCUCAGACACAACUAUGAGGGAACGCUGCGGGACCUGCUGCAAUUCUUCAAACCUCGGCAGCCCAAGAAACUGUACUACCAGCAGUUAAAGAUGAAGAUAACAGACUUUGAGAACAGGAGGAGUUUUAAAUCCAUAUGGCUCAACAGCCAGUUCAGAGAGGAGGAGAUCACCCUCUACCCUGACAAGCACGGCUGUGUGCGGGACCUUUUGGAAGAAUGUAAAAAGGCAGUGGAGCUCUCUGAAAAAGGCUCUGAGAAGCUCAGGCUGUUAGAGAUAGUAAGCUAUAAAAUCAUCGGGGUUCACCAGGAGGACGAACUGCUAGAAUGUUUAUCUCCGGCUGCCAGUCGCACCUUCAGAAUAGAGGAGAUUCCUUUGGACCAGGUGGACUUGGACAAGGACAGUGAAAUGCUAAUCCCUGUUGCUCACUUCCACAAGGAAGUCUUCGGCACCUUUGGAAUCCCCUUCUUGCUCAAGAUCAGACAGGGCGAGUCAUUUCGGGAGGUGAUGAGGAGGAUCCAGACCAUGCUGGACAUUCAGGAGAAGGAAUUUGAGAAGUUCAAGUUUGCAAUUGUGAUGAUGGGGAGGCAUCAGUACAUAACCGAAGACGAGUAUGAGGUCAACCUGAAGGACUUUGAACCACAGCCAGGUAACAUGUCCCACCCGCGCCCCUGGCUAGGGUUGGAUCAUUUCAACAAAGCUCCAAAGAGAGGUCGCUACACCUACCUGGAGAAAGCAAUCAAGAUCCACAACUAAAGCAGCCCGCCCGCCCUUCCUCUUUGUCCU